GGGCGACAAUGAUCUCUGUACGCACUGUCCACUAGCCGCCGUCGUUGCACUUGCAGUACUAAAACAGUAAACUGUUAUAUAUCUAAUAAACUCAGAACACACUAAGCUACACGACAAGUUUAAUUUAAAUUGUGAGAAUUCAGAUCUAAUCGCUAACGAGAAACCAACGUGUGAAAUGUAAACAAAGUGUGUUUGGACAUCCAUCACAAUGUCGUACAUGCUCCCUCAUCUUCACAAUGGCUGGCAAGUGGACCAGGCUAUUUUAUCAGAGGAAGACCGUGUAAUUGUUAUACGAUUUGGCCACGAUUGGGACCCUACGUGUAUGAAGAUGGAUGAAGUGUUGUACAGCAUCGCCGAAAAGGUGAAGAAUUUUGCGGUCAUUUAUCUUGUGGACAUCACAGAAGUGCCAGAUUUCAACAAGAUGUAUGAGUUGUAUGAUCCUUGCACAGUCAUGUUCUUUUUCAGGAACAAGCACAUCAUGAUUGAUCUUGGCACUGGUAACAACAACAAGAUAAACUGGACCAUGGAAGACAAGCAGGAGAUGAUAGACAUUGUUGAGACUGUCUACAGGGGGGCGAGAAAAGGACGAGGUCUUGUAGUGUCCCCUAAAGAUUACUCAACCAAAUACAGAUACUGAUCUCUGUGCUCUUAUUUAGACUUUGCGAUUUUAUUUCUUCUCGUCAACAUUGGACAAGAUAUGAGCAUUCAGCAAUAUGGUCAUUUGGACUAUUAAAUGGCCUUGUUUUGGAUUUUCAACUUUAUAUUUAAAUGUGUUUACACCGUUGCAGUUGUCACCAGUCUUUUAUAAUUUUGUCCUUCUAAAAAUGUCACUGUACAUUAAAUGGAUCAAUAAGUGUU